ACGCGUGCGACGCACAAACCGCGCGCUCGAAUCUCAGUCACGAAGUCGUCAAACGCGGUGAACUUAGAUAACGCCGCACUUUUGACACAAUCUCGCAGGCUUUUCACACAGUCAACACACAACACACAUCGCACAACGCGCUAAUCGAACCCGUCGCGCUUUUCUUUAUUACCGCAAUUUUCAUCAAGUAACACUUUGAUCUUAAACGCGUUCAAAUCACCUGCGCGACACUUUAAAACUUAAAAACUUAAAAAGUCUCAAAAAUAACAAAAAAAUGGCGGAAGCGGAGCAAGAACGCUAUGCGUUCUUGAGCGAAGAAUCAUUGGAUAUGCUACAGAAUAAAUACUACGCACAUAAUUACCGCUCACCGAGCAAGGACUACGGAGGCUGCACGCUACCGCAAAGUUUCGCCGAGUUUUGGCCCGCGAUCGAUGACUUUGAAGUUUAUGACGACGAUGUGUGGAUUACCAGCUUUCCCAAAACAGGCAGCACAUGGACAAGCGAGAUAGCGUGGUGCAUCGCCAACAAUUUCGAUUAUGCCGGUAUAGAAGAGCCCUUACCUAUACGUGUACCAUAUCUAGAAUAUUGCACGGUUUUUGAUUUUCGUCGACACGUACGUAGUGAUAGUCCAAUGGCGAAUAAUCCAAUCUGUAAAUCGAUACAGUUGGUAAAAGAAGCGCGACGUCCGAGGUUUAUCAAGACCCAUUUACCAUGGGAAAAGCUACCAAGGCAAAUUCGGACGUUUCAACGGACACCAAAGAUUAUUCACGUUGCGCGUAAUCCUAAAGACACGUGUGUUGCCUACUUUCAUCACUCCUCGAUCGUCGAGGGCUACCAAGGCAAUUUCGAAACGUUCUGGCAGCUGUUCACCACCAACAAACUAAAUUACACGCCAUAUUGGACGAAUGUCAUGAGUUAUUGGUCGAAACGCAACGCGCCAAACAUGUUCUACAUCACUUAUGAAGAAAUGAAGAAAGAUCUCGGUGCGAGUCUGCGUCGUUUUUGCAAAUUCUUCGAUAAACCAGUGAAUGACAACGAAUUGGAGCAACUGGUGCGCCAUCUGAAUUAUGACACAGUGCGCAAGGUCAACGAGCGCCAUUUUGAAUCAGUGACGAGUUUCCUCAAGCAAUUCGGCCUCUGUCAAAACGAUAAAGGUCAUUUCACGCGCGCAGGAAUCGUGGGGAAUUAUCGCGCGCAAAUGUGUGCGGAUGUUAUUGAUAUCUUUGAUAGAUGGAUAGCGCAUCAUGAUCCGAAUGAUGAGUUUCGAAAAGAUGAGAGCAAUCGACUGUUUUUCUUUAAGAAAUAUGGCGCCAAGUGAAACUUAUUGCGAUGAUAAAAUUAAUCUCUACUUAAACACUCUGCGUCAUUAAAUUAUACGUUUUUCUAUGCGAUUUUUAAGCUAUACAAACAUAAACACACGCCUUGGUACUUUAGAUAUAAGUGAUUGUUUAAAAUGUUUGUUUGUGAAUUGAGUUGAGGAAGUAGACUACAUGAGGAAAUGUUUAAAAAAUAUAACAAUAACAAUGAGAAAAGAAAAGAAAA